AUGAUGGCGGCGGCCGAGGCUGGAGGCGAAGAGGGCGGCUCGGGAGCGGCCGGGGAGCCGGAGGGACACAGCCCUCCAGCCGCCAACGCCCGGAGCAGCAGCAGCAAAAGCGCCACCGCUGCGGUCCUUUUGGGGGGCUCCCCCGUGCCCGGGUUCCAGUCGCUGGGCUCCACCAGGCCUGCCCCUGCGGAGAUGUCCAAGGGCCCGUCGCCGCCGGCCCUCCCGCUUCCCGAGGCGGGCGGCGGCGGCGGCGGCACCUUCACUGCCGCGGGGGUUUUCCCCCCGCUGCCGCCGCCUCCUCAACCACCGCUUCCGGCCGGGGGGCUGAGCACAGUGGAUGAAGGCGACUCGCUGGACGGGCCCGAAUACGAAGAGGAGGAGGUGGCCAUCCCUUUGAAUGCGCCCCCCACCAACCAGUGGUAUCAUGGAAAGCUUGACAGAACUAUUGCAGAAGAACGCCUUCGACAAGCAGGGAAAUCUGGAAGUUACCUUAUUCGAGAGAGUGAUCGAAGGCCUGGAUCAUUUGUGCUUUCAUUUCUUAGUAAAACCAAUGUUGUUAAUCACUUUAGGAUUAUUGCAAUGUGUGGUGACUAUUACAUUGGCGGACGACGGUUUUCUUCACUUUCUGACCUAAUAGGUUAUUACAGCCAUGUAUCUUGUUUGCUUAAGGGGGAAAAGUUGAUGUCUCCUGUAGCACCUCCAGAGCCAGUUGAGGACCGCAGGAGAGUCCGAGCUAUUCUACCAUACACUAAAGUGCCAGAAACGGAUGAAAUAAGCUUCCUCAAAGGAGAUAUGUUUAUUGUCCACAAUGAAUUAGAAGAUGGAUGGAUGUGGGUUACAAACCUACGUACAGAUGAGCAAGGCCUUAUAGUAGAAGACCUAGUGGAAGAAGUGGGACGAGAAGAAGAUCCACAUGAAGGAAAAAUAUGGUUCCAUGGGAAAAUCUCCAAACAAGAGGCUUACAAUUUGCUGAUGACAGUUGGUCAGGUGUCAAGUUUUCUUGUGAGACCUUCUGAUAAUACACCUGGAGAUUACUCUCUCUACUUCCGAACCAGUGAGAAUAUACAGCGUUUUAAAAUAUGCCCAACGCCAAACAACCAGUUUAUGAUGGGGGGCAGGUACUAUAACAGUAUUGCUGACAUCAUUGAGCACUAUAGAAAAGAACAAAUUGUUGAAGGAUACUAUCUUAAAGAUCCUGUUCCAAUGCAGCAUCAAGGACAGGUGCUUAAUGAUGCAGUGGAUGGAAAAGAAAUUUACAAUACAAUUCGUCGUAAAACUAAGGAUGCAUUCUAUAAAAACAUUGUUAAAAAAGGGUAUCUUCUGAAAAAAAGUAAAGGAAAGCGAUGGAAGAACUUGUACUUUAUUUUAGAGGGGAAUGAUGCUCAACUUAUUUAUUUUGAAAGUGAAAAACGUGCCACUAAACCCAAAGGACUGAUAGAUCUUAGUGUAUGUUCUGUCUAUGGUGUUCAUGAUAGUCUGUUUGGCAGGCCAAACUGUUUUCAGAUAGUAGUUCAGCACUUUAGUGAAGAGCAUUACAUCUUUUACUUUGCAGGAGAAACUCCAGAACAAGCACAGGACUGGAUGAAAUCUUUGCAGACAUUUUGCAAUUUACGAAAAACUAGUCCAGGAACAUCUAAUAAACGUCUACGUCAGGUCAGCAGUCUCAUACUACAUGUUGAAGAAGCCCAUACACUUCCAGCAAAGCAUUUUACUAGUCCUUAUUGUAAUAUCUAUCUGAACAGUGUACAGGUAGCAAAAACACAUGUGCGAGAAGGACAGAAUCCUGUGUGGUCAGAGGAAUUUGUGUUUGAUGAUCUUUCAUCUGAUAUCAAUAGAUUUGAAAUAAGUCUUAGUAACAAAACAAAGAAGAGUAAAGAUCCAGAUAUAUUGUUUAUGCGAUGCCAACUGAGCCGACUACAGAAAGGACAGGCAACAGAUGAAUGGUUUCAGCUCAGUUCACAUAUACCUCUAAAAGGUAUUGAACCAGGCUCUUUGCGUGUCCGAGCACGGUAUUCUAUGGAGAAAAUAAUGCCAGAAGAAGAGUACAGUGAAUUUAAAGAGUUGAUACUGCAAAAAGAGCUGCAUGUGGUCUAUGCCUUAUCACACGUGUGUGGACAGGAUCGAACGUUGUUGGCUAGCAUUUUAUUGAAGAUUUUUCUUCAUGAAAAACUGGAAGCAUUAUUGUUACGAACACUAAAUGACAGAGAAAUAUGCAUGGAAGAUGAAGCUACUACAUUAUUCCGUGCAACCACACUGGCAAGUACACUUAUGGAGCAGUAUAUGAAAGCUACAGCCACGCGUUUUGUUCACCAUGCUCUGAAGGACUCUAUUUUAAAGAUAAUGGAAAGCAAGCAGUCUUGUGAGUUAAAUCCUUCAAAGUUAGAAAAAAAUGAAGAUGUAAAUACUAAUUUAGCACAUUUGCUGAGCAUUCUUUCAGAGCUGGUGGAGAAAAUAUUCAUGGCUGCAGAAAUAUUGCCUCCGACAUUGAGGUAUAUUUAUGGAUGUUUACAAAAAUCUGUUCAGAACAAGUGGCCAGCUAAUACAACCAUGAGAACAAGAGUGGUUAGUGGCUUUGUUUUCCUUCGGCUGAUCUGCCCAGCCAUUCUAAAUCCAAGAAUGUUUAAUAUCAUCUCAGAUUCUCCUUCUCCUACUGCUGCAAGAACACUGACGCUGGUCGCCAAGUCUGUGCAGAAUUUGGCAAAUCUAGUUGAGUUUGGAGCUAAGGAGCCCUAUAUGGAAGGUGUAAAUCCUUUUAUCAAGAGUAACAAACACCGGAUGAUCAUGUUUUUAGAUGAACUUGGGAAUAUACCUGAACUUCCAGAAACUACAGAGCCCUCCAGAACUGACUUGUCACGUGAUCUAGCUGCCCUCCAUGAGAUUUGUGUGGCACAUUCAGACGAGCUUCGAACACUCAGUAAUGAGCGAGGGGCAAUGCAGCAUGUGCUAAAGAAGCUGCUGGCAAUUACAGAACUGCUUCAACAAAAGCAAAAUCAGUAUUCAGUGUCUAACAACAUCAGGUAGCAGCUUUCUGCAUGAUCCUACACAACUUUCACCAAUAUCACUUCCUCCUUGCUCUUGCCAAAAAUAGCACACACAUUUCACAUUUCCAGUGAUGUGUGAACUAUGCAAAAAAAACAAAAACAAAGAACCUGUUGGUGACUGGCUGUACCAGCAGCUUUAAGCUAUCUGUGCAGGACACUUGCACUUUCUUCCACUUGGAACCAAUUUUCACAACCUCUGAGCCUUGGUGUACAGAUCACCUUCCACAAAGAAAAUGCUGUGACUGUCUCUUGAACUUUAAUUUUAUUUCAACACUUCCGGUUGCCAAAGUCUUGCUAUCUUUUGGAAAAACUAUAGUCAACUGCCAAGGAAAUGUUUUGACAGCAAAGUAUAACUGGAUAGAAAUCACUUCUUACUGUAAUUUGACUGGUUACAACAACUACUAGGACUGUUCAACCAUUUUAAUUUGUAUUUACAGCUUCCAGACUUUGAUAGGAAACCUUUGCUGUACACUUUUUAUACCAUUCUAUUCCUCUUGUUUAGAGUUGUACUGAAAGAAUAUGCAGACUGGGUUUUGUCAGCUUUGUUUUUUUAAAUGUGCCAUUUAUUUUGAAUAAUUUUUCCAUCAAGGACUGUAUAUCCAGAUAAAUCACAAAGCUUUUUUGUAAAAUGUUUACAAUAGUAAAUAAUUUGAAUUCAGUAAAUUUAUUGAUUAUUGUAUCAGGCAUGCAUGCAUUCAUUAAACACUUUUAUAGCAUA